AUGACCAUCUCGUACUCGGGUAACUUUGUACAGCUGCUCCUCCGGUGGAAAGGGUCGAUAUUUCGGAGUGUUUGGAAGGAGCUGCUCGUUUGGGUGACGCUGUACUACCUUGUACGCGUCUCAUACACGCACGCCAUACCAUGGGCCGAUCCGAAGGGUACGCACAAGUACAGGGAGAACUUCAUCUCGGUCUGCCAGCAGUGCAACGAGUAUACAAAGUUGAUACCGCUCACGUUCCUCCUCGGAUUCUAUGUGUCGAAUGUGGUGUCGAGAUGGUGGCGCCAAUUCGAGUGCCUAUGCUGGCCGGAAGACUUGCUGUCAUUGUUGUGCUUCGUCGUGCCGGCCGACGACAUGAAGCAGGCCAGGGUCCGGCAUCGCGUUGCCAGAUAUCUGAAUUUGACGUGCGCCCUCGCAUGGCGCGAAAUCUCGUCAAAAAUUCGGCUCCGUUUCCCGACGCUGCGCCAUAUCAUCGACAGCGGUCUGUUGACGGAGACGGAGUAUGAGCAGUUGAUUGAUAUUGCGAAAAUCAGCCAAGGCUGCAUUGUCUCGGAAACGGUGGCCGAAAGCGGUGCCCUGCCCGCCUACGUUAACAAUUUCAACCAGGAGCUCAAAUCGUUCCGCAUCAGCUUCCGGCGGCUGUUCUGCCACGAUUGGGUGUGUGUGCCGUUGGUCUAUACGCAAGUAGCUGCUCUAGCUACAUACGCCUUUUUCUUCUUCUGCCUGUUCGGCCGGCAGACGAUCGUCGAAUCGGAGCUGCGCGCAAAGCAUGGCCUGGAAACCGUGGAUUUCCGGUUCCCCAUCUUCACCGUCGUGCAAUUUCUCUUCUUCGUUGGGUGGUUCAAGGUGGGCCAAGAUCUGAUGCGACCGUUCGGGCUCGACGAUGAUGACAUUGAAUUGUCCUACAUUCUCGACCGCAACAUUUUGACGUCAUUUACGAUAGCUAACACGUUGCAGACGAGGGCGCCACCCCCAUUUGAAGAAGAUCCUUACUGGAAGGCGCGCCACGACCCCAACGUCGCCGAUUCCUCAUUAAAGUACGGGCGAAUUGAUCUGAGUCGCGCGAAUCACAAGCAUCCGCCCAAACUCCAUAUGCUCGCCGACCUGAAGACGGUCGAUAAGCAAUUUGUGCAACACCAAGUCGAAAACGGAUGUGUCCUGCACGACAAAAUGGAUAUGGUGGAGGAGAGGAAGCUGCUAUUCUGG